GAGCAUCGCGUCUAUACCGCAUCUGGUUUUGUUUGGAAUCCCAACAUCAAGGCACAGAGGUACCAAAGAUAUAUUAUAUAAGGCAUCUAUCUGCCUUAUUUAUAUUAAAUCUUAUUCAUGAAUCCCCAGCAUUAAUUAAAAUCCCCAUCCAUACAUCCAUCCGUCCAUACAUACAUACAUCCCUCACUUCUACGCGCGACACCAAUAUAUGGUCCUUCAAGUAGCGCGACUGCGUGUAUUCGCCGAUUCAUAAAAUUAUACGGCGCAUUAAUAACUUACCAUGGGUCGCUUCGCUGUGAAGAAGCCCGAGCAUGAAGCCGGCAAGGCAUGGCCUGCUAUUGUCAUCGGCCUGUUCGUGGCAUUUGGCGGUAUCUUAUUCGGCUAUGACACCGGAACCAUCAGCGGUAUCCUCGCUAUGGAAUACUUCCAGACCCUCUUCUCGACCGGUUAUGUCAACACCAAAGGCCAUCUAGACAUUUCUCCUUCCCAAUCCUCCGCCAUCGUAUCGAUUCUCUCGGCGGGUACUUUCUUCGGUGCCCUCGGAUCUCCGUUACUUGCCGAUUCGAUAGGCCGUCGACUCUCUCUUAUCGCCUCUUCGUGGGUAUUUAUUUUCGGUGUCAUUUUGCAAACGGCCGCUACGGCCCUGCCCCUGUUCUUAGCUGGUCGAUUCUUCGCCGGCUUUGGCGUCGGUCUGAUCUCUGCUUUGAUUCCUUUAUACCAGAGCGAGACGGCGCCGCGUUGGAUUCGAGGUGCCAUCGUGGGCGCUUACCAAUGGGCUAUCACGAUCGGUCUGCUCCUCGCUGCGUGUGUAGACUAUGCCACGCAAUAUCGUCAGGAUACCGGCUCGUACCGUAUCCCCGUCGCCGUGCAAUUUGCCUGGGCAAUCAUCCUCAUCACGGGAAUGCUUGUCCUACCGGAAACUCCUCGAUUUUUGGUCAAGAAGGGGCAGCACGAGAAGGCGGCGGCCUCUCUCGGACAACUCCGAAGGAUCGAUCGCAACCACGAAGCUAUCCAGGAGGAGCUGCGCGAGAUCAAGGCGAACCACGAUUACGAGAUGAGCAUCGGAAAAGCUAGUUACCUCGACUGCUUCCGCGCGCCUCUGCUGAAGCGUCUUCUCACCGGUAUGGCGUUGCAAGGACUUCAGCAGCUAUCAGGUGUCAACUUUAUCUUCUACUACGGCGUGAACUACUUCAAGAACUCGGGUAUUCAGGACCCCUUCGUUAUUCAGGUCAUCACCUCUUGCAUCAACGUGGGUUCGACCAUUCCUGGUUUAUGGGCUGUAGACAAGUUUGGUCGUCGCCCGCUUCUCUUAUGGGGCGCCGUCGGAAUGUGCGUCAGUCAGUUCCUCGUGGCCAUGCUCGGUACCUUGACGACAGGCCAAGAUGCCGCUGGUAAUACCGUAGUUCACAACGUCGCGGCACAAAAAGCUGGUAUCGCCUUCAUCUGUAUCUACAUUUUCUUCUUCGCCAGCACUUGGGGCCCUCUCGCGUGGGUCGUUACGGGAGAAAUCUUCCCCUUAAAAGCCCGAGCCAAGUGCUUGAGUAUGACCACCGCCACUAACUGGCUUCUGAACUGGGCCAUCGCUUACGCUACUCCUUACCUCGUCAACUAUGGCGAAGGUUACGCCAAUCUCCAGUCGAAAAUCUUCUUCGUUUGGUUUGGCGCUUGCUUCAUCUGCAUCGCCUUCGUGUACUUUUUCAUAUACGAAACCAAGGGAUGGUCGCUCGAGGAGGUCGACGAGCUGUAUAGCGAGGUUAGCAGCGCGCGCAAGAGUGCCGCGUGGACUCCGAGCAGUACAUUCGCUCAACGGCAAGGCGCCAACGCUAUCACCACCGAUGUGGACGCUCCCGGCAAAGUGGUGGGGGAGAAGUUUGUCGAAGAUGGCCCGCACGAUGGAGUUUCGCAUCACGAGGAGCAUUCGGCUGUAUGAGAUCGGUUGGGAUUAUGAUGACCUCUUGUUUAUUUGAUAUUUGCGUAGCCCAUGACAUGUACUUUCGAUAUCCCCCCCUUUUUUCUAUGUCUCCUGAGCCAAGUUUCAAAGAAAGACUUGCUCAAGAGUCGCGAG